AUUGAAAACUGAAGUCAGAAAAAUCCCAGUUAAAGCUUGAUAAAUAUUAGUUAAUAUAUUGGUGAUCAUCAUGAUAGAUGAUAUGCCACCUGGGUUUCGGUUUUACCCCACUGAAGAAGAAUUGGUUUCCUUCUAUCUGUAUCACAAGCUUCAAGGUACCAGAGAGGACUUAAAUCGGCUCAUGGACCGGGUUAUUCCAGUCGUCAAUAUAUACGAUUACAAUCCUUGGGAACUUCCACAAUUUUCAGAAUACCUGUGCCAUAGAGAUCCUGAACAAUGGUUCUUUUUCAUUCCGAGACAAGAAAGCGAAGCUCGCGGUGGGAGGCCAAACAGACUGACAAGUGAAGGGUACUGGAAAGCAACUGGGUCUCCUGGUUUUGUUUACUCGUCAAAUCGAGCAAUUGGAGAAAAGAGAACAAUGGUUUUCUACAUAGGAAGAGCUCCGUCAGGAAGAAAAACUGACUGGAAAAUGAACGAAUACAAAGCCAUUGAAGGAGAAGCAUCCACAUCUACCUCUGCAACUCCAGCGGUGAGGCAAGAAUUAAGUUUGUGCAGGGUUUAUAAGAAAUCCAAAUGCUUACGGGCCUUUGAUCGACGUCCACCACCACAACCGGCUGCUGCAGCCGGUGUACAAAUUGGCGAGCCAAGGCUGGAUCAACAAGCUAAUAGUAAUGAGUUAAUGAGAAGAGAUCAUCGUCAUGAUGAUUAUCAAAACCCUCAAUUUGAUAACGCAGAGAGAACAAGCUCGAGUUCAUCCUCAGGAGACCAUGCUCAACAGUCUCUGAACGGAGAAACCAGCAACGUGGCAAUGGGUUCUGAUAGUGAAUUGUGGUGGGACUUGGAGAAAAUGGAUUGGUUCAACGGGAUGGGGUAGGAGAAAUUAAUAAUGGAGUUCUAAUUUACUUCAAUCUGGAUAAGGAGCUAUUUAUUUAUCAACCAAAUUAAGGGCCUGCCUUCGGGAUACUUAAUUAUUUCGUAAUCCCUCUUCUGUAAUCUGAUAUCUUACGAUGAACUUCAUUUGAUCUUUGGUGAUUUCUCACUUACAUAGGUGCCACCAACAAAACCAAAACAAACCUUUUCUAGCUACUUCCAAUAAUUAAUUGCAAUAUAAGGUUUAUUCAAGGAAUCUCUACAACAUUCAAUAGGAUGUACCUGAAAUUUUCUAUAAUCAAGUUGAUUGUAACAA